AUGGACGGCUUCCAGAUCCUGGAAGCUUGUGACCGGGGCCCGCGGUGUCUUGGCCCCACUCGCUUCGCGGACCACAACGGAGUUGUUUUCGACUUCGGAAAUGUCGAGCCCAUCAUGAGCUAUCGAUGGAUGGGAACUGCUUUACCGACGCCUUCUGCUGUUCGUGACAUAUCCGUUUUCGACUUCACCGUGGCAGACGUGGCCAGCACACUCCCACCUGUCAACGAAGACAGCUUGCGACAUUACGCCACGCGAUGUGGUCUUGUGUAUGGCUCACUCGCCGCGUUUGAGUCCAAGGCACGCGACCGCCGCACCCGCAAGUACGAGAUCGCUGCCGCCGUCGUCACUGGUGGUACGACAACCAUGGCCAAUAUCCCCGAUAUUAACGGAGUACCUGUUGGCCCGAUACUAGAGCCGGUGGCCACUGGCCUGCGAGGGGUGCUGAAUCAUGUUUUUCGCCGGAAACAGACCAACCAUGCCGCCGGCGUUAGCUACGUUGCGUACAGAUUCAGGCAGGACGUGAUCCAGGAAGCCAACCAAGGUCUCAUGGCCGCUUAUGUUGAUCAGCGCCACGUAACUUUGGGGGACGACGGCAUCCCUCUUUCUGCAUUCAGUCCAUCCCAGCUUGUCUAUUUCAAGCAGACAGCUUGGCAGGUCUUUCAGGCAAUAAUGAACGAAGAAGGCUGCAUGAUUGACUAUCAGUUCCUCGAGGACCCCCUCCAGAAGAUCCCGGAGCUUCCAGCACCACAUUCACCGAACACGAAACUCUUCCCCCCCAGGAUAUCGACGGAUGUAGAGCAUUUCCCCCAUGCCUACGGCUUUCCUCCUAUCCCCUCUCGUCCGGAACGUCGGGGUCCACCCGCCGGGGAACUCGAUCCUGCAGCAUCGUCGAGCGACGCAGAAACCGUCCCGCAUCCGGAUCAAACCUACGUACCUUCGCCAGAUGGCAGUCACCGUCCUGAGUCGACAGCCAUCAGGCCCGACGCCUCUUCUUCAAGGGAUGCGACCCAGCCCACCACGAACCCAAUGGUGCCCGAAGAAGCGGGAGUGCGGGACGACGACGAUGCGAGCUCAUAUCAUACGGCCGAAGGAGUCGAUGACAGCGAGAGUGGUUGGUGGAACACGGCUGUUGGCAUGUAG